AUGCUCGGCAGCGACAGCACUAACUGUAACGACGUGAAGCCCGCCGACGUCGGCGAGGCCGGGGGUUAUUCCACGACCAGGCGUAACAUGCUCGACGUCGCCAAUGGUCUGUACGGCACAGGCGUCUCGAUGGAUAUCGAGAUACCUAUGAUCGCAGUCAUCGGUUCCCAGAGCACGGGAAAGUCCUCGCUUCUCGAGAAUAUUUGCGGGAUCACCUUACCGAGGGCGAGUGGCACAUGCACUAGAUGCCCUACCGAGUGCCGUCUAUCGCACUCAUCCAGCCCGUGGAAAUGUACCGUCACCUUGCGCCUCAUAACCGAUCGCCACGGCCAGGCUGUACAAAUCCGCACCGUCCCAUUUGGUGACGCGAUCCUUGACGCGACGGAGGUUGCCGACAGGAUCAGCCGCGCCCAGCGCGCGAUCCUGAACCCGAGCACCGAGGCUAGUUUCUUCCUCACUGGAGGCGAAGAGACCACGCCCGAGACCACAUUCUCGAGGAAUUGUGUUUCCUUGGAGAUCAGUGGCCCCGACGUUGUUGACCUCUCCUUCGUGGACCUACCUGGAAUAAUUGCCAGUGCAGGUAGCGGUACGACCACUGCGGAUAUAGAACUCGUCAGAGCCCUCGUCACCGAGUAUGCCAAGAAUGAGAGCUGUAUAAUCCUUCUGACAGUGACAUGCGAGACCGAGUUCGAGAACCAAGGUGCCUACCAGCUUGCGCGCACCUUUGACCCAGCAGGAAAGCGUACCAUAGGCGUUCUGACCAAACCCGACCGCGCUCCGAGGGGCGACGAAGAGCGGUGGAUCACCCUGCUCAAGAACGAGUACUCGGAGCUCGCUCUAGACAACGGUUGGUUCAGCGUGAAACAGCCCGAUUCGGUCCAGUUAGCAGAAGGUAUCACGCGUACCCAGGCUCGACAGGAGGAAAAGGACUUCUUCGCCUCUGCGAUGCCUUGGGCUUCAUUGCCACUCAGGUUUCAGCAACGUCUUGGAACACUCAACUUAGCGGAGCGCUGCAGUGAUGUAUUGUCUGGCCUGAUCGCGAAGAGGCUCCCCGACAUACAGAGGACAAUCCAAGACAUGUUGAGGAUGACAGAGAGCCAGUUGGGCGAACUCCCCAAAGAACCGUCCAAGGAUCCUGUGGGUGAAGUGUAUGGUCUCAUCAGCAAGUUUUCUAGCGCCAUGACGCAGUACGUUGAGGGCACCCCGAAUGGCGACGGUCUGUUACAGACCAUCCGCCCUAAAGAGCAGGAGUUUAAAGAUGCGAUACGGAAGACAGCUCCCGACUUCAGGCCUUUUGAGCAGCCUGACGUCGACGACGAUCUACCAUUCAACUACGGGAACGGGACUGGUCUCACCUUGCCGGAGUUUCUGUCAAAUGAAGAAGAACCAUGCCUUCCGGAGGAGAAUACCCAUGCGAUCUACAUCAACGAGGUCAUGGAUUUCGCUCUGCAGGCUAUCACGCGUGAACUGCCAGACAACAUACCAUUUGUUGUCACGGAGUCGCUCAUCCGCGAAGUCAUCACUCGCUGGGAGGCCCCAGCUAUGCAGCUAUUCGACUACGUCGAGGAAAUCCUGAACGCAAAGAUCGCGGAGUUCGUACAUGCUGAAUGUAGUCAGUAUCCUCAUCUAGACUUCUCUGUCUCGACCGUCGUGGCAGAUUAUAUUGCUGAACGCGCGCAGGCGACGAGAGAGCGUCUGAAGUGGCUGCGCGCUCUCGAAGAGCGACCUCGCACACUCAAUGACCAUUACUUCCGCGACUACCGCGACAAAUUCCUCGCUUGGUACAGAGGACAGCGCUCCCAGUAUAAUAACGUUCCCUUCCUCCAAAAGCUGAAGAAGCAUAACGCGUCGCAGGGGUCCUCCGAGUUCCAUGAAAACGUUAGAGCAAUCAUGGCAGCCUUCAGCGCGCUGGACAUUCACGACAUCGAGCCGACCGAUCUUGCGAAGGUGCUCCCUGCUGAUCCCUACGAGGCCGCGAUCAGCAUCAUGGCGAGCGUACGCGCAUAUUUCCAAGUCGCCUACAAAAGGUUCGCCGACAACGUCCCGAAUGCGAUCGACCACGAACUCGUGCUGGGCCUGAACCGCGGGCAGGCACUCGACGCCGUCUUGAGGAAGGAGCUUGGGGUGAGCGGCCCGGACGGGUUCCGCUUGUGCGCCGAAUACCUGCGCGAGGAUGGCAACGUCGCGGCUCGUCGUGAGGAGUUAAGGAACAAACGCGAUCGGCUGAACAAGGCGAGGAAGGAAUUGAUGAGAUUGCGCCAGUAA